CGUCAAUAUCCGUAGCCACUUUGGCUCAAGCCGUUUUGGCUCCAGGCGUCGCGAUUGGCAUCGAAGGGACAAGAAGGGGGUCUGGGAGCGCGUGUCAUGCCCGCGGCGGCCAAUGGCAUCCCCCCCGCCAGCGGCUGCGACAGCCUGCCGCUCUCCAGGCUGUUCCUGGUGGGCCAAAGGCUGGGCGACGGGGCCUUCGGCGUGGUGCACAGCUGCACCAGGCUGUGCGACGGAGAGGAGCUCGCGGUCAAGCUGAUCAACGUCGGCAUCAGCAAGCCCGCGGACGUGUGGAGGGAAGCCCAGAUGCUCGAGAGCCUGGCCCAUCCGAACAUCGUGAGGUUCCACGGCCUCUUCCCCGAGGGCGCCCAUAUGUGCAUCAUAAUGGAAAAGCUGUCUGGGGGCGACCUGGUCGAUGGGCUCCAGACGUACCUUGACAAGUGGGGCGGCAACAUCGAGGGCCAGAACAUCGUCAGCGCGGUGAGGCAGAUGGCGAGUUCAAUCCAGUACCUGCACCACAGAUUGGUGGUGCAUCGGGACGUCAAAGGUGACAACUUCCUGAUGGACCGCCCUGACAUACUUGACCCGGAGUGCAGGAUCGUACUCACAGACUUUGGAUCAGCGUGCCGACUGGAAAGGCCUGGCGAGCGGCUCAGCACCGAGGUGGGCACAAUGAAGUUUUCCGCGCCAGAGAUCUUCGACAAUAACUACAGCGCCAAGGUGGACGUCUGGGCGCUGGGCGUCGUGAUGUAUGGCCUCGCAACAGGUCGGUUCCCGUUCAAGAACAAGGCGGAAGUCCGCUUCAAACGUAUGUCCAUCCCGCGAGCGGUCCACCCUCCCUUCGCAGAUCUGAUCGACAGGAUGUUGACAAAGGACGAGGCCGCCAGACUGGAUAGCGAUCAGGCAAUGAGACAUCCCUAUAUGAGCGCUGACCGCGGAGCUUGGCUGGAGCCUUCGGUCCAAGCUACGCUGGUGCGGGGAGACAACACCUCUGGUGGAGAGAACGUGGAGCCGGUGGCCACGCCACGCUCUCACGCUGCGCGGGCCCUCUGCCGCGGCAAGGGCGCCGCCCCGCCGCCCAGAGAGGCCGGUGGCAGCCCAGAGAGCUCUGGCGACGCCGCCGCGCGAUCGCUGAAGCUCGCCACCGCGCAGCUCCAGGCGCUCGCAGUCGCGCCCUCUGCGGCCACCACCAGCGCCGCGCCACCGCCGGCGGGCGGCGCAGGCCCUGCGCCGCCAGGCGCGCGGCUCGAGGGGCCCGCUCUGGCGAGCGGGGCGGAGCGGGCGAGGUCGCGGGCCGGCUGCGUGCCGCAGUGCCUGCUCGGCCUGGGGCUGGUGUGCAAGGCCUCGGCCAAGGCGGCCGCUGCGUCCGCAAAGCUCGUCGACUGAUCCAGGGCAGGCAUCAGUGGGCACCCUCCUCGCGCAGGGCUCAUCAAGUUGGCCCCCUGCUCCCAGGGGUCCUGCCCUGCCAGCAGCUGCUGGCGCUGCCCCCCAUGCUUGCCGCAUUCGAGGACACCAGGGGUGCCGCAGUCGCCCCGGCGAGCGGGGCGGAGCGGGCGAGGGCGCGGGCCGGUUGCGGGCCACCAUUCGGGCAAGGGGGUCUGCAAGAGCGGAGACAUUUCUUAGAAUUCGUUCGGUUUGCAGUCCAGCGCUGCCGCGAGGGUGUCUGACUCUGGACCAGAGAUGUUCUACAUCCGUGCUGGACGGCAUCCCUUGUGCUCUACUGACAAUGCAGUAUCGGCGCGACGAAUCAUACGGAACAACCGUGAAGUCGGCGCGCGCAUAGCCAAUGUUUCGUAGGAAUAGUUUGCAGGCGUGCCCUUGCCGAGCGCUGUUGUAGAAGCCGGUAUCGAUUUUUUACGCACAGUAGCGGCCGACGACGAUGAAGUAUGCAUCGUCCGCGAGGCCUUGGGUUCCUUGCCUAAGUAUUUAUUCUUACAUGCGUUCAUUUAUUGUGCGUUGCUGCUGCCCGACUUGACCCAAGGGUGGCGGGGCCAGAGAGCCAGAGCAAUGCCGUGGCGACGAGGGCGCCGCAGGAGACCCACAUGUGGAAAAAAAAACGUCCGUGUCAAUACAUUGCGUGUUGGCUCCACGUGUUGGCCCGCGUUUUGGCGAACGUAACGGUAAAGACCUGCG